AUGUCGUCCACCAAACACACAGCUCGAUCAAUCCUCGAAUCAUUCUACGAUGCCGAGCGCAUUUACAUGGCCGCAUCACCCGAAGAGCGCGAUUUCAGCGGCAUGGCAGCAACUCUUUCGCCAGAAGUGAAGCUCAAACAAUCUUCCGGCCUACCCUAUCCCGGUGAAUACAUCGGUCCUGAAGAUGAAGGGUUCCAGAAAUGGGCACAGGAAAUGGCCAGUUGUUUCGACAAAGUCGACGUGCAAACUCCUGAGAUUUUUGAACGCGAGGGCUCGCAUCGCAUUAUUGCUCUUAGCUAUCUGGUUUUGCGAGUGAGGAAGACUGGAGAAGAAUUGAAAUACCCUUUAUGCCAGGUCAUGACGGUUGAUCUGGAGGCCGGAGUUAUCAAGAGUAUCAUGCCGUUUUAUUGGGAUGUUUAUGCGUUGAACAAGGCUAUUGGAUAUACACCUGAGCUGUGA